AUGAAGCUCGUACAAGGAAUUCUGAAGUUGAAACACUUUUCCUACAGUGUCAGUAGGCAUUAUUCAAACAGAAAUGUGCUGAAAUUGCACGAGAGAGGGAUGUAUAAGGAUAUAUUCCCAGAUACUGCAAGUGCGGAGAUUGUUGACUUGCUGAACGCUAAGCCACAGUGUGUAUAUGCUGGCUUUGAUCCAACGGCCGAUAGUCUACAUAUUGGCAACCUGCUUGUAAUUAUUAAUCUGUUACACUGGCAAAGAAGCGGACAUAGAGUCAUAGUGCUGGUAGGUGGUGCUACAGGUUACAUUGGGGAUCCAAGUGAGAGAACAACAGAUAGGCCUGCACUCAGUGCAGAAUACAUAAAACAUAAUGUGAGUGGCAUAACAGAGAAUGUAGAACAACUGUUUAAAAAUCAUGACACAUUUUUGUGGAAAGGUCAGGGUCAUGGAGAUGAUGGUGACUUAGUGCCAGUUACAAUAGUCAACAACUAUACUUGGUAUGAAAAAUUGAAUGUACUGUCAUUUAUGGGCAACAUAGGACGCAACUUCAGGAUGGGAACCAUGCUUUCUCGGCACAGUGUAGGAUCUCGUAUAGCAUCUGAGACUGGCAUGAGCUUCACAGAAUUCACUUACCAAAUUUUCCAAGCAUAUGAUUGGUUAUACCUACUUGAGAAUUAUGACUGCAGAUUUCAGAUUGGUGGUAGCGACCAGAUGGGAAAUAUUGUCUCAGGACAUGACUUAAUUUCAAGAGUUUCAAAUAGAAAAGUUUAUGGUUUAACUGUCCCUCUUGUCACUACAGAGACCGGCAAUAAAUUUGGAAAAUCUGAGGGGAAUGCAAUAUGGUUGAACAGAGAAAAAACUUCACCAUUUGAAUUAUAUCAGUUUUUUAUACGAUCUCGAGACUCGGAAGUAGAAAAUCUUUUAAAAUUAUUCACUUUCUACUCAACAGGAAAAAUUAAUGAGAUUAUGCAACAACAUAAGGUAAAGCCAGAAGCUCGAUUAGCACAGAAGAAAUUGGCUGAACAAGUUACAGUCCUUGUUCAUGGAGAAAGUGGUCUUUCCUCGGCUUUACAGAUAACUACUGCUCUCUAUGACAAGGGAGUGGAUGCUCUUAGCAAGAUGUCUGCAGAAGAUAUUACACAAGUUUUUAAAGAAGCAAGAAUGUGUGAACUUUUGCUGAAACCAGGCAUGACAAUUUAUCAGUUAGCAUUAGAAGCUGGCUGCUUUUCUACUGAAGAUGAUGCUGCAAGAAUUAUAUCAGCAGGUGGUUUCUAUGUGAAUCAACAAAGAUGUACAAAUUUAAGUGAAGUUUUAACUUUGGGCACUCAUAUAUUGCUCAAUAACAUUACACUUCUUCGUGUUGGGAAGAGGAAGUAUUUUGUCGUAAAGUGGAAGAUCUGAAGCAAAGUUGGGCAUUCAUUAUGGUGUGAAUCUUUUAGAACUGAAAACAUUUGAUUAUUUUUUAAAGCUAAAUAAAGUUUUUUGCUAAUACUUUUAA